CGUGUAUCUUCUUGGGGGAUCUAACAUAGUCCUCCAUAAAUGUGACAUCCGACUACUGUGAUACUACUGUCUUGACCCGACUAUAGCCCUGAUCGCCUUCCCAGCAAGUACCACCGAAGAUGGAUCUUGUGCCACCUUCUUACCAGUUUGCAACAACCAGAGAUGCAUGGUCCGUUAUCGCGGAAUACAUCCCAUCUAGUGAUCUAUGUGCAGCUUCUCUAGUAUGUCGGAAAUGGCAUGCACUCUUCAUGCCAUUCCUGUGGGGUGAUCCUGCAUCUCAUUUCGGGACCGAUAAUGAUGCUGUUUAUGUCGCCUUGACAAGAUUUAGGAGAACUCUAAAGUAUGCCAGGUUGGAGGUUCGGAUGCUAACACAUACCUUGCACCUGCCUCCUGCUCUCUCGGAGAUCUACGGCGGUCCGCGACCGGAAUGGUUGAGAGAGAUCCUCGAGUAUCUGCCGUGCCUUCAGUCUCUGAUGGUUUCUAAGCUGCCAUUCAUUGACCAUAAUUCACUGGUAGCUUUGCGACACGAUACAGACCAAAAGCAGGUCAACGACACAGUGCCCCAUACGUAUAAUGUCCGUUUGCUGCUGGCUGACCACGAACCCAACACAACCUCCCAGGGGCUUGGAGAGGCACUAUUACGUUUUCAGGAACUUAUAUAUCUUGAUUUGUCUUAUACCACUCCCUCUCGGGAUCGUAGUGUUCUGUCAGCAAUAUCUCAGCUGGAGCAUCUCCAAGUCUUGAAACUACGGGGCAUUGGCAUGAAGGAUAGCGACGCGGAGUUCUUAGCUAAUGCUAUUGGCCUGAGGGUCCGUUAUCUAGAUCUGCGGGAUAACAGACUUACUGAUAUGGCUGUGCGAUCUUUACUGCAAGCUUCUUUCCUAUCGCCAGGUAAUCCAACGGUCGGCCAUGGCCCAGGAGGCACAAUAGCUCCUAACUUUGUCGCCCAAGCAACACCUCCACCAUCUAAUUCGAAAUUGCUCAGCUACCCGACAUUGGAUGAGCAGUUUAUGAAAGCGUUAACUCAACCACUGACAGGCCGUUCGUGGGUCGAGAACGUACCACAUGUUGGUAUUACACACAUAUAUAUCGCAGACAAUAGGAUCACAGUCGAGGGUGCCGCCAGCCUUCUAGCUUCGUAUCGACUGCAUGCUCUUGAUGUAGGAACAGUUGAUACUGCUGAUUCCAUUCGGGACCAGCGUGUUAUUACCUCCUAUCACAGAGAUCCUCGAAAGCUCCCUGGUGCGGAGAAGUUGAUCCCGAUCCUAGGCUCCUCUGCGAAAGAAAGCCUAACGUACUUACGCGCUCACCACGCUGUUUGCACCGCCGAUGCUCCGUGGAAAGAUACGGUGUUUCCGGACGGUUUCUUAUCUGAACUUCCGGCCGAAAACGAGCGUACAGAGGACCAAACUCACGAGCUAGAUGCUGCGAACAUCAUCCACGAGCUACCCGCUGAUGAAGCUCCAAUCUUUGAGCUUCCGGGGUCGAUUCCGGAAAUAUCGCGAACAGAGUGUCAACGGCUAGGACAAAGUGCACAACUGCCUGUUCGUGAAGACGAGCAACUACCCGAACGUAGACGAGGCUCUGUAUUUGCCCCUGAGGUAGUUGAAACUACUCAGGGCAGGGCGGAUGAUAUUGUCGUACCUACCACUACCAGACCGGUCUACCCGGCCAAGACCUAUGAAGGUUUAAUUCCGACCGAGUCGGAGUUCAUUGGGAAUUCGGAAGCGCCUGGGACAAACCCGAUAUAUGCAUCCCCGAUAUCGAUGGAUGAUCCCAAAGGCCAGAAAAUCCAAGAACUCCUUUGCAAACGGCCAAAAAAACCUACAUUGCCACGAAAAGACAACAAGGAGAACACCUUCCCAUAUUUGCAUCCUUCUCAUGUCCCGCAUUUAGAGACAUUAGUUUUGACUGAUGUUCCGUCCCAUGUGCCAGUAAACUCUCCAAUUUUGAGGUCUUUAAUCCGCUUCAUAACAGAUUGCUCAAAUGAAGCGUUGCUCGCAAUUCUCCAAGCAGGGUCGGACUAUUCGCUUCCUCCUGGUCGAGCUCGAGCCAAAGCUGAACAGGAACGAUCUCGGUCUCUUUUUGCGCUGCGCCGCUUGGUACUUGAAGUAACCCCUGUAGAGAAAACGAUCGCUAAAUUAACUGCGUGGAAAUCGUUGAGUUACCAACAAGGAGCUUCAAAGUCAAGUACUGGGGAUCGAGAUUCUGAGAAGCUAUGGGCAGCAGCAGCGGACGACUUUAGUUUCUUCGGUGAAGAUGAGUGUGGGGUGCCGGAACAGGGUCCAGGGAGGUACUUUCCGAUGGCUGUCCUCAACGAAAAGGUUAUAUUGAAUCCAGAUGAUGAAUCGGGAAAUUCGGAAGAUUCAACACCCGUUGCUCCUGUACCGAAGGUGCACCGCCCAAACUUCAGUUCAUCACAUGGCCGGCGGCUGCGUUCCGACUCUAUCAACUCUGGGCUAGUGCAGGAGAACGGCGGCGUGGUAUUGCCUCAAACCGAUGCCCCGGAGGUAGACCUUGUCGCAGAAUUGGCUGCUUUCCGACGCUUAAAGAAAGCUGAAUAUGAAGAUUUGUUGCGCAGAGCUCGGAAGAGGAGAAGCACAAACGGCACAACUUCACUUCUCUCCCCAUCGGGCUCCCUAUCAUCGUUCGGACCAUUGUGUCCUUCUCCGAGUCUGUCUAGCUUGGCGGCGGUCUCAGCUCCUCAACUGGCUCUGUCGCAUUAUGUGGAAGGAUAUUGGAAAGGGGAAGUGAAAAUUGUCCGAAACCCCGCCCCCAAAGGCCGGAGUGGAGUCGUGGAUAUGUAUGGGAAUUACUUUGAGAAAGGAUAUUUGUAUCCUUAAGCCUUUCACAGUUUCAUGUCGAACAUAUUGAUUGCCCUGCUUGGAAGUCACUAUUUGCCUGCGAGCAAUGUAUUUACUGGGCUGCGUGCUUUAACCUGUGCUAUAUAGACCUGCGAGAUCAGGUUGAAUACCACACGACAAACAUGUCCUGUUGAAUGGACUGUGUUAUACUUCUGCG